AUGCAGGUUUUGCUAGAAACAAUGUCAGGAAAUUCUGAUGAGUCCACAAUUUCCACGGUUAUGGAUAUCGAACCGGCUCGUUUUGCUAAUUUUGACCCAUCAAGCAUCACUACACUGGUUAGAACAAGAAACAGGAGGUUGCUACAAGAUCUUGGAGGGUUAGAUGCAAUAAUUAGAGCCCUGGAAACAGAUACAGAAAAUGGUAUUCGUGGCGACAGCAGAGAUAUUGAUGCCCGAAGAAAUAUCUUCAGCUCCAAUUCGAAUCAGCUUCAGGAAAGAAAUCUUGUCAAGUGCUUCUGUGUUUGUGCAGUGAAAGCAAUCAAAGACCCCUUGAUCAUCAUCGUAGUAGUUUUUACGGUCCUUUCUCUUGGUUUUGGCAUAAAAAAAGAUGGUCUAGAAUGGAUAUGGCCAGAAGGGGCGAUCAAACUCCUGGCUAUUUUCACAGUUGUGAUUGUCUCAGCUGGAACUAAUUUCUGGCCUAUUACUCAAUGCCACGAUUCCUCAGGGACCAGCAGCUACACCCCUCAGGUAGAUGUUGUGAGAGCCGGUGAAUGGACCAAAAUCCCAAUAUCAAGCGUUGUGGUGGGAGAUAUUGUUUUCCUGAAACCUGGGGAUCAAGUUCCAGGUGAUGCAUUGUUCAUAGAUGGGAGCUCAUUACACCUGGAGAACUUAAUCAAUGUUAAUGGAAGAUCAGAGUGCGUGGAAGUUGGACAUGAGAACAAGAAUCCCUUUUUGUUCUCGGGUAGUAUGGUAGUUGAUGGCUAUGCUAGGAUUAUUGUUACGGCAGAUGGGAAAAACAAAAGAAACCAUCAACAAGUGAUAUGGAUGGAGGGAAAGCAUGCAGACGAGUUAUUGAACCUUACCACUGUAGUUGGUAAGUUAGGUCAAGCAGUUGCCUUCGCAACAUUUUUCUUGUUUUUGUGUCGUUUCUUUGCUGGAAAUGUUUACCAUGAUGACAAGAAGGGAAAUAAGGCCUUAUUAGGUGACGAAAAGGUGGAGAUUUGGGAUCAUUUGCUUGCUUUUGUGGGAAUCCUAGCAGCUCCUGCUUUGAUUGCUCUGACAUCAGGGCUGGAAGGUUUGGUUUUGGCUGUAAAAAUCACUCUAGCAUAUUCCCUGAGGAAGUUGAUGCAUGCCAAAGUUCUAGUUAGAAAGCCUUCUCUGUGUCAUUCAGUUGCUUCAGUUGACACCAUCUGUUUAAAUAAAACUGGAACAUUGACGGCAUACUUCGCAGAGGUGAAAAAGUUCUGGCUGGGUUUAAGUUCCAUUGAAGAAGCACCUCACAAUCUGAUUGCACCAAACGUUCUUGAAUUACUGCAUCAAGCCAUCGGUUUAAACACAAUUCAGCCUCGUUCUGCAAAUUCUACAUUUGCACCUCCAAUAUGUUCAACUGAAGCGGCGAUUUCUGACUGGGCUGUUCGGCAUUUCGGUAUGGACAAAGAAAAUCUGAGGCAAAGCUGCACAAUUCUUGUCAUUGAACCCUUCAACUCAGCCAACAAAAGGAGUGGAGUCUUGAUCAGCAAAAACAAUGACAACACGAUUCAUGUGCACAGAAAAGGGGCAGCUGAUGUGAUUUUGCCAAUGUGUUCUCAUUACUAUGAGACCACUGGCAUUGUGAAUGUGAUUAAUAAAACUACAAGAGCAUUAUUGGAGCAAAUACUCGAAGGAAUGACAAAAAAUGGCUUUAGAUGCAUUGCGUUUGCCCACCGGAAGACAUCGAUAGAAGAGUACUUCAACUUCUCUAAGCAACAAUUAACGUUAUUAGGCCUUGUUGGGCUUAAAAAUCCAUUAAGGAAUGGGGUUAAAAGAGUUGUAAAAGAUUGUCAGCGAGCCGGGAUAAACUUAAAAUUGCUCACAGGAGACAACAUUCUGACAGCAACAGUCGUAGCUUCUCGAAGUGGCAUACUUGAGCCUGAUAACCAGCCUGGAGAAAUAAUUGAAGGAGAAGAGUUUCGAAACUACACUUCAGAAGAAAGAAUCGAGAAACUGGAUACUAUUCGUGUUGUGGCAGGAGCUACUCCUUUUGAUAAGUUCCUUAUGGUUCAAUCCUUGAAAAAGAAAGGCAAUGUGGUUGCAUAUCUAGGCCGAGGAUUGGGGGAUGUUCAAGCAUUAAGAGAAGCAGAUGUUGGACUGUGUUUUGGAACUCAGGGUGGCACAGAAAUCCUCAAGGCAUGCUCAAAUAUUGUAAUCCAGAAGAAAGAUUUGUCCAUUGUUUUUGACAUUUUGAGAUGGGGAAGGGGAUUCUAUGUUAGCAUCCAAAUAUAUACUCAAUUCCUCAUCACAGCAACUCUUGUUGAUCUGGUGGUGGACUUUGUGAUGUCCAUUUUUCCUAGUGAUCCCCCGGAUUUUGAUGCUAUGGCAGUCAUUUCUUCAGGUAAAAUACCAUAUCCAGUUUUUCAACUUCUGUGGGUCAAGCUAAUUCUGGGAUUCUUUGCUGCUAUUUCUCUGAUAAUUAAACAGCCCUCUGAAGAGCUCAUGUCCAAGCCACCGAGGGAUCGGGACGAACCAUUGAUGAAUGAUGUUAUGCAAAGAAGCAUAAGUGCACAGGCGAUAUAUCAGAUUGCAGUAUUGCUGGCCAUCCAUUUUAAAGGCCAAUCAAUUCUGAAAGUUAAUGUGAAUGAGAAGAAUACUCUGAUCUUCACGACCUAUGUUCUGUGCCAAGUUUCCACAGUGGUCAAUGCCAGGCUUUUUGAAGAGAAGAAAAUUUUUCAGGAGAUGCACAACAAGAAAUGCUUCUGGGGAAUCAUAGGCUUCAUCGUUCUCCUCCAUGGAAUGUUGGUAGAAGUUUUGAAGAACCUUGCAGGUACUGCUCGGUUGGAUUCUAGGCAAUGGGGCAUAUGUUUCUUGAUUGCCGUUGCAUCUACUCCAAUCAGCGGGCUGCUUAAGUAUGCAACUGCCAUGAGGAUACCAUUUCUGACCAAUGUCAGAGGAACAAAUCCGAAGGCCAAAAUCGAUUAG